AUGGGAGGAGAUUUUAAUUUAGUCAGGAAAGUUGAGGAGAAAUCACCUGGGAAUGUUAAUACCAAUCUGAUGGAUGCAUUCAAUGAAAUGAUCAAUACUACAGCCUUGAGAGAACUACACAGGACAGGAAGCAGAGAUACAUGGUCAAAUAAGCAAACUCCUCCAAUAUUAUGUGUGCUGGACAGGGUGCUAGUUUCUAACUCUUCGGAGGACAAGUUUAACCUUGCUUCUGUACUUACUGCCCCAAGACUAGGCUCAGAUCAUAAUCCCUUGAUUGUGGAUACUAGAGAAGGGUUAAGUCUUAAACAACAUUGUGGAGAAAUCAUCAAGUUGGUUUCCAAGACUGGGUUAAGAGUAAAUGGCCUGAGAGAUAUAAGUAUGAUAUCCUUGAUCACUGGCACAUUAUUUCUGAGAAUUGCAGUUCUGGAUGAGACAAGUGAGAUCAGAGACCUUUUGCACUCAGAAUGGGAGGAGAGAGAUGAUUUGGAAUUGAAAUAUCAGAAUCUGCUAAAGGAUGAGAAACUGCAUUGGCAGAGAAGGGGAGCCGCUGGCGCUCCGCCACCACCUAACCCAAGACGAACAAGCUCGACCCCCGCUUCCGCCCCACCCGGUGGGUCAUGCUGGACGAACGCGAGUCCUCCUCCUCAUCCCGCCGGGACGUGGACACGCGGCUCUUCGUCAACGCCGCCACCGGCCGCUUCCUCCGCAGGAGCCUGCCGUUCCUCGGCCGCGGCGGCCGCUACGACCUCGUCGCAAGCACCACCGGCGGCCUCCUCGUUCUGGCGGCCAGGGACGACUCUCGCUGCCGUCGUGGUUGGUUCGUCGUCUUCGCCCACUACUCUCUUCUUGGCUUCCGUCGCGUCGAACAGGGUGUACUGGGCAGACCCCGAGAGCGAGUCUUUCUCUGCCGAGACGUGUCAGAUGUGUCCCGCAAGCAGGCUGCCCCAGAUCGCCGCGGCCAAGAUCGCCGCCGCCGCCGCUGUUCGCCGUGAAGAUGAUGGUCCUGAUGCCAACAUGACGACCUUGGACCGCCUUAUAUCCGACGAGCACUGGAGGUGCCGUUGUUACGUGGUGGAGGCCGCCGCCGCCGCCGGGGAUAUGCUGGUGGUCUUGUUGCGGAACCGUGGCGCUGGCAUUGAUGUCUUCAAGAUUGACGAGGCUGGCAAUGCGAUGGAGCGGGUCACGAGCAUCGGUAGCCUAGCCUUGUUCCUAGGCGCCAGGUGCUUUGCUGUUGACGCACGUAGGUUCCCAACAAUUGAGGCAAACUGCGCCUACUUCCAACUGGCCACGGUAUAUGAUGAAGGUCCUGUACUGCAUCGUGAGAUCUUUAAGGUUCACAUUUGUCUCGGAGACUAUGGACAUGGAUACUGCUUGGGUCUGCGGCUUGCCUCCGUUCACGGUAACACAACUCCUCUCCAACUACACCAUGGAUAUUCCAAGUCGUCUGCUACCUCAGUACGAGAGCAUCUACCCCGGAGGAUCAGAGGAGGUUGA